AUUUUAUUUUCUUCCUUAUCCGUCCAAUUUGGUGAAGAAGAAGAAGAAAGAAAAAAAGUAAAAUGAAGGAUUUAUUAUGACAAAUGAACGUUCCCGUUGUCUAAAAAGUUUAACGCGACGCGCGAUAAUAUUCGAUUUAUUUUUCGAAUAAUCGUUAUAAUAUUAAUCAUUCGAUUCGAUCGUAUAAAAUAUUAUUCCAAGACGAUUCGUGUUAUUAGAAAUCCACCGGUUAUUAUACUCCCUGGUGUUCGCAAUGGCGUCUAACGUUACUUCGUCCAGGGAAGAUUAUUUCAUCGGAGACGUCGUUGGGUUAAUUAAUAUACGUCGAGUAAUCAAAAAAUCGUCGUCAUCGUCGUCAUCGUCGUCGUCGUCGUCGUCAUCAUCGUUAUCGUCGUCGUCGUCGUCGUCGUCAUCGUUGUUACUGUUGUCGUCGUCGUUGUUGUCAUCGUCACCGUCGUUCACGUGAGAAGAAGACGAGAUGUUGUUACCUGAUAGGUGCAGUUACGAGGAGACGCGACGACGUAAACGACGACGAGGAAGAGAAGAAGUAGAUCAUCGUCGUGACUCGAUCUGAUCAACAGUGUUCUUUAUCUUUUUCUUUAUUUGUUUUUAUUAUUAUUAUUAUUAUCAUCAUCAUCAUCAUCAUCAUCAUUAUGAUUAUUGUUGUUGUUAUUAUCUAACAUAAUAUAUAACAUCUCUUCGUAUCCUUUAUCCUCCUCUUUCAUUUUCUACUUCUUCUUCUUCUUCUUGUUCUUCUUCUUCCUCUUCUUUAAUUUUCCUUCCUUUAAAAUUCCCCCAAUUGUCAUAUAUCUAUCACGAUGAUAAGAAUUUCUAAUAAAUUAUCGACGUGUAAAAAUCAAAGGGGGAAAAAAAAAGUGAUAUAUACCGAUGUGUUCUCAAGUUAAAAGAAAACGCGUCCUCUUAGUUCGUUGUGCGUGCGUUAAAAAAAAGAUUUGUCGAAAUAAGAGAGAUUUUUGAUGUUUCAUACGUCGCGGUAGGACGCGAUGAUUCGAUUUGUGCAAUCGAGGAAAGUCAGGAGGAAGAAGUGAUAUAGUGCGAAAGACGAGAGAGAGAGAGGUUAGAAAUAAAAAAAGAAAAAAAAAAGGAAAAUAAGAGAAAUAGAUAAAAGAGAAUUGGCUUCGAAAGCCGGUGCAAUAAGGAUAAAAGAAAUCAAGGUUCUAUAAAGGGUAGAGAACCCGCGAACGAGCGGGAUAAACUAUUCAACCUGGCGGACCAAGAAGAAAGUGGCUCGGCUGCGAUGCAGGGCAAGGAAAGCCCCGUCGGGUCCAACACCCAGGAGACUCAUCAGUAUGUCGGCCCUUAUCGCCUUGAAAAGACCUUGGGUAAAGGGCAGACCGGACUGGUCAAACUGGGCGUUCACUGCGUGUUAGGCAAAAAGGUGGCGAUCAAGAUCAUCAACCGUGAAAAAUUGUCGGAGUCCGUGUUGAUGAAAGUUGAACGCGAAAUCGCCAUUAUGAAGCUAAUAGAUCAUCCCCACGUUCUCGGCCUUUCUGAUGUCUACGAGAAUAAGAAAUAUCUAUACCUCGUUCUGGAACACGUCUCAGGUGGAGAGCUCUUCGAUUAUCUGGUUAAGAAGGGUAGAUUAACGCCGAAAGAGGCCAGAAGGUUUUUUCGACAAAUCAUUUCCGCAUUAGACUUUUGCCAUAGCCAUAGCAUAUGUCAUAGAGAUUUAAAGCCUGAAAAUUUGUUAUUGGACGAGAAGAACAAUAUUAAAAUAGCGGACUUUGGAAUGGCGUCGUUGCAGCCAGCAGGUUCGAUGUUGGAAACAAGCUGUGGUUCGCCUCAUUAUGCUUGUCCCGAAGUAAUCAGAGGUGAAAAAUACGACGGUAGAAAAGCAGACGUAUGGUCCUGCGGUGUUAUACUUUAUGCACUUUUAGUUGGUGCGUUACCUUUCGACGAUGAUAAUCUUAGAAAAUUAUUAGAGAAAGUUAAACGAGGAGUGUUUUACAUACCACACUUCGUACCACCCGAAUGUCAGAAUCUACUUCGAGGAAUGAUAGAGGUUGAUCCAGACAAAAGAUUAACGCUUGCCGAAAUAAAUAGGCACGUGUGGGUAACGGCAGCAGGUAAAGGUGAAUUAGAAUUGGAAUUAUCGAUGAUGGACGUGGUGCAAACGCACGUUAUUCCGUCCGUUGACGCCAUCGAUCCCGACGUUUUGCAAGCUAUUGCCAGUUUGGGAUGCUUCAAAGAACGCGAUAAACUAAUUCAAGAACUUCUUAGCCCCAAUCAUAAUACGGAGAAAGUGAUCUACUUUCUCUUGUUGGAAAGAAAACGAAGAAGACCGGCAUGCGAGGACGAGCUGGAAGUAAUGAGAAGUGGUGUAAGAGGAUCCGGGGGACAACUGGAAGCUGAUCCACCAAGGAAACGUGUGGACACGUGUCGUGUUAACGGUAGCACAGCACUAAAUCUUGGACAAAUUAGUCAUGGUUCACCUUUGACACCUAGAAGACAAUCGAGUACGAGGCAUCAUGCAAGACGUUCGCCCAGUACCGGAUGUUACACGCAUGCAUCUCACUCGCACGCAUCGACACCUGGUGGUUCCCCGUUACACGUAGCAACCGUGCCAGGUCUUCUGAGUCCACACAGAUCGGUGCCAAGUUCUCACAUAAGUCAAACAAGUGUUAGUCCUCAUCGACUUUCGCCGGUAAGCACUACUGGUGGAAACGGUAAUUCCCCGAGUCAAGGGGUGCCAACACCAACUCCGGCCCUGGCCAAUGUCGGGAUCGAAUUGAACGAUGUUCAACCUGUGGUCGCAGUUGGUGUUACACCACCAGGUUCGCCACACACUGGUGCAGGUUCCGGUGCUUAUCAUUGGAGAUCCCGAUUAACCACCUUGAAGAAUUCAUUCCUAGGUAGUCCCAGAUUCCAUCGUCGUAAACUACUUACCAGUACGGAAGAGGUUCAUCUCACACCAGAUUCCUCACCAGAGUUAACGAAAAAAUCCUGGUUUGGUAGUCUUAUGACGACAGAAAAGGACGAAAACUUUACCGUUCUUGUUAAAGGGAAACCAUUAGCUAGCGUGAAAGCUGAUUUGAUUCACGCUUUUUUGUCGAUAGCUGAGCUAUCUCACAGUGUGUGUUCACCAAUGGCAUUCAGAGUAGAAUAUAAAAAGGGUAGCACGGCACCUGCUAUGUUUCAACGGCAGGUUAAAUUUCAAGUUGACAUCAGUGGUAUCACAAAACAGCCUAACGAGCCAUUGUUCGCCAUUACUUUUUCGUUGUUAAGUGGAAAUAUACGAAGAUUUAGGAGGGUCUGCGAACACAUACAAUCCCAAAUAUGUUCUAGAAACGUUGGUUUGAAUUUAAGCGGACAAACCAGAGCAGUACCAUCAAGUCCAAGAGCAUCUCGAAAGUUUGCCAUGGAAAUGAGCGAAAGUUCUAGUUGCGGAAGCGAUACCAGCGAAAGACUUUUUCUCAAUCCUCAUCCCGCUACCAGACAGGUAGUCUGUUUCAACAAGAUCGACUCGGAUAUGGAAUCGGACACGUCAGUGUUCGAUGUGAAAUCGCCUACGCGAGAAAAUGGCCGAAGAAGUUCUACGUCGACUAACAAUAACAAUCCUUUACCUGGUGAUACGAAUCCAACGCCAGGUAGUCCACCGAAAGCGGUUCGCAGUAAUUCCGAGAGUCAAAAUACUCCGGAAAAAAAGUGUGUCACGACGAUGAGCGGUAACAACAUAGCGUGAUACUAUCAGAACUUCCGCUUCGAAUUCCAAUCGAGUCUGAAAAAUAUCUGGGACAGUGCUCAGAGAUUUUGGUGAAAUUUUACGAAAAUGGACAAGGAUAUACGAGAAAAAGAAAGAAGAAGAAGAAGAAAAAAAAUUAACCGGAAAUAAGGGGGAAAAAAAAGAGAGGGGAAGAAGACACGUCGUGUGUGUGUGUGUGUGUGUGUGUUGUGUGUUUUUUUUUUCUUUUCUUUUUUCUUAUUUCUUUUUUUCUUUUUCCGUUAAGUAACAUCAACCAGAACGAGAUAACAGAGUAAACCAAAAAACAAUUAAAAUAUUUAAUGAAUUGAUUUUUUUUGACGAAAUCAAAACGAAAGAUUGGAAAUAAUUGGAAAGAAGAAAGUUCGUCGUAAAAACUUUGAAAUAAUUCUCUUCAAUUGUUUAUGAACGAUAAAAAGGAAAAAAGAAUGAAAGAGUACUUCGAUUUUUGUACUUUUCUUCGAAGUACAUUUUCGAAAUUCCCCCUCCCCCCUCCCAGGGGACGACGAAGUCACAGGGAAGAUACAAAAAGAGGAUUAAAAGAACAAACUUAUUUCUUUUAAAUGGCGGAUAUUUUAUUUUAUUUUUCUUCUAUUUGUCUCACCCAGAGGAUAAUUAAAUUUACGUUUCUCUCGGCGAGAUAAAACUACAAGAAAGAAAAAACAAAUUACUUGACGUUUGUUACGAAAAGCCAACAAGAGAAAUACCCCACCCCAUCCCACUGCCAUUUGAAAACCAUCGAGUUCGCUGGCAACUUGAUUUUCUUUUUUGUCGUUUUCUUGGUUUUUUUUUGUUUUAAUUAUAUUUAGAUAUAUCGAGUUAUACUAGCAAUUUAUUUAUUUGUUUUAAAUUGGCACGUGUGUUGUGUUAACACACGACACGUAUCGUCUCGUUAAAAAUACUACGCUGUUAUUGUUUUUUUUUCCCUUGUUUUUCUUUUUAUAUUUUUAAUCAUUUUGUUGGGAUAAAAAAAAAAUGUCUGUUUUUUUAAGAAAGCGCAAAAAUUAAUUGCUCCCCCCCCCCGAAAAAAAUAAAAUCCGCGCGCACGUAGAGAAAAGAAAAAACCAAAUCAGAUCUAAUAACACAAUUGCAAUAAAAACCUAAAUGAACGAAAGAUAGAAAAUGGUUGAAACACUGUAACGAGCCCGGUAACGAACGAAUGAGAAAGAAAUGAACGUAAACUAACAGUCAUAAUUAAAAGUCGUAUAAAAAUUGCGAAAUAAAAAUGAGCGAAGAUAGAUGAUGGAUAGAAAGAGUUAAGAAGAAAUUAAAGGGCAGGAUUUUUUCAGACGAAUUGAUGAAGAUGCGAAGACUAGAGAUUUAUUUUUUUCACGCACGAGAGAAUAACAUUUCAAAAGACUAAAUAUUAUAAAACAUUUACGUAAAUACUUAAACUUUAAAACUGCAUAUAACCAUCGUAGUAGUUUAAACGCGACGCGUGUGUGUGUGUGUGUGUGUGUGUGUGUACGGCUUUUUUCUCGUAUGCUUUUUCUCAAAAAAUGUAAGAAUGAAAUAUUAAACGAAAAAAAGAAAAAAAAGAAAUGGGAGAAGAAGUGACAAAAGAAAGAAAGAAAAAAGGAAUGGAAGAUAAGGCAGAUAUAGAACGAAAAAAAUGAUUUAAAAAUAGCAAUCCAAUAUUUCUAUACUUUUAGAGAGGAGUGUACGGAUAAACGAUAUAUAAAGUAUAAGAAAAAAAAAAAAAAGGAAAAAAGCAAAUAUAUUAUUAUCAUAAACUAUAGACUCUUUUCUCAAACGAAGACAUAUCUCGAGAUUGUUCUGGGCUUAACUUAUUGUUAGUGGAAUGUGAUUUAAAUUUAAACAACAAAAAGAAAAAAAGAAAAGAAAAAAGGGGAAAAAAAACGGAAAAAAAGGAAAAACAAGUGAAAGAAAUGAAGGAUCAAGAUUAUUGAAACACGAUAAUAAUAAUAAUAAAAUAAUAUUGCGAAUAAUAUUGAACGAAAAAGCGUUGUAAUGGUGUGUAAUUGUUAUUGGCAUUAUUUUUCUUUUUUUUUUUUUCAAAUUAGUAAAAAUAACUACGAAACGAAAAACGAAAAGAAAAGAUGUGGAGAAUAAAAUUCAUUAAUAAAAUUUCAAACACAUUUCUAUCGCAAGUGUGUUUGAUACGAUUCGAACGGACGAAAUUAAAAAAAAAACAAAACAAAACGAAAAAUGAAAAACGUUCGCGUACGAGAAAAAAUGAAGACAAAGAACAUUCGGUGGAAAUUUCGUAUGUGGCUGAUCGAAAAAAAAAAAAA